AUUUUUUAAAAUUAAUACCAAACGUAGACUUUGGUAUUAUUUAUUUAUUUGGAUGAGGUAUAUAUAUAAUUCAGAGUUGAUACACAAGAGGAGCGUACAAUCGUUUCCCCGCGAGAACUCAAUUCCCCCGUCGCCGGAAUGCCAACUACCUCCACCACCGCACUCGACGUACCCGCAACCUCCGAUGAAGGGUUCCGGGCUCCGAAAUCGUCACUGGCUUCAGGUGAUCCCAGCGUUUCUUCUUCCACUUCAUCCUCCUCCAUUUCUGGUUCGACACAGGCCUUUCAUUUCUCCUCUGGAAACCCCAGAAUCGAAGAAAUCAGAGGUGUCGUACAUCUAUUCCGAGAUGACUCUUCCUCCUCAUCCUCGACAUCAUCUUCUGCUCUCCCUGUUGAGAGGAAGCCUCUUGUUUGCGUACUUGGAGUGCCAAAUCAUAUGACUUAUGCUGACUUUUGCCAGUUUUGUGGUUCUUUCAUUCAUGAAAUUUUGGAAAUGCGGGUUGUCAGAGGCGAUGGGAUGGAGGACAGUUACAGCAUAUUAAUCAGAUUUCGGAGUCAGGAUUCAGCCGAUAACUUCUACAAGCAUUUAAAUGAGAAGCGUUACUCAUCUCUGGAGGCAGAAGUUUGUCACCUGCUUUUCAUGGUUGAUGUUCAGUACACAGCCUCAAUCGAGCAUGCACAAGCAUCCCCUGCCAGUUCAACUGAGCAGCCAACAUGUCCAGUUUGUUUGGAUAGAUUAGACCAAGAGACGAGUGGAAUUCUAACUACUAUCUGCAAUCAUUCCUUCCAUUGUUCAUGUAUAUCAAAAUGGAGUGAUUCCUCUUGUCCGGUGUGUCGAUAUUGUCAGCAGCAGCCUGAGAAAUCAGUAUGCUUUAUUUGUCAGACUUCCGAAAACCUGUGGAUUUGUGUUAUCUGCGGCUUUGUUGGCUGUGGCAGAUAUAAAGAAGGGCAUGCUAUUGUACAUUGGAAAGAUACGCAGCACUGUUAUUCACUUGAGUUAGAAACUCAACGUGUAUGGGAUUAUGCAGGAGAUAACUAUGUCCAUCGUUUGAUCCAAUCCAAAACGGAUGGAAAAUUGGUUGAGUUGAAUUCAUAUUGUGCUCAUGCUAAUGAUGGGUGCAUGAGUUGUGGUGGUCUAGAUGCUGCAACUAGUGAGGCUCUUUUGAACAGUAGAGUUGAACUUAUUGUCAACGAAUACAAUGAACUGCUUACUGGUCAACUCGAGAACCAAAAGCUAUAUUUUGAGUCGCUGCUGCUAGAAGUCAAAGAAGAAACUGAAAGAGAAAUAUCUAGAGCUAUUGAGAAGACCAUCAAUCAAAAACUGCAGAAGCUGCAAGCUAAGCUGGAUAAGUGCAUCAAGGAAAAAAAAUUUCUAGAUGAUCUGAAUGAGAAUCUCUUGAAGAACCAGGAGAUAUGGAAAACAAAGAUCCAUGAAAUGGAAGAAAGGGAAAAGAAAACCGUAGAAGCAAAGGACUACAAAAUACAGGAUUUAGAAGCGCAGCUUGGAGAACUUAUGGCACUCCUAGAAACUGGCCAGCAGAUGGAGCAGCUAUCAGUAACAAGUGAAGCAAGAGAAGCCAGUAUUCUACCAUUAUCACCAGAGCCAUCUUCUAAGAACAAUGGGAAAGGAAGCUCCAAGUCCAACAACAAGAAAAAAAGCUAAGUUUAAUCACUGACGUCGCUACGGUUUGGCUAUUCCAACUCUACUUUUCGCUGUAUACACACAGAUGAACAUGAACUUGGACAGUAUUCAGUGUUGGCAAACAUUCAUGGUAAAUGAAGCCAAUGAAGUUAGAACUACUUCUGCACCGAUAAAGGGCCUAGUUACUUUUAUGUGCAGAAUUCUGUAGAUAGCUAUUGAAUCUUUUAAGCUCUUAGCUAGCUAAUCAUCCUUUCUUUUGAGGUUGAUAGAAGUACGUGGAGUGUAAAUAAAAGACAUACAUUUGAUUAAAGGUUAAAAGGAAAUAAGUUUAAUGUA